AAAUGGCUAAUAUUAAAAGAACAAAUAGCUAUAAAAUUGAGGGAUCAAAGUAGAAAAGUUGUCGCCGGACUUGCAACACGGAGCACCAAAUAGGGCAAAAUCCGACGCAGUGAUUAGUCUCCGUAGUGUUCUCCAAUGGACGAAAUAGCCCAGUACUAUCAAUACCCCUAUUAUCAAACUCCACCACCACCACCAGUCCCUCCGCCGCCGCCGCCGCCUGGCACCACACUUCACGCGCUGCCGCCGGUGGUGGUCCAACCACUUCCUAUUCCGCAAUACCAUCACCCCCAUCAUCCAUCCGCCCCCCUUCUCUAUCCUCAGGAUUCGCACGGCGAUGUUCGAACUCUCUUCAUUGCUGGUCUCCCUGAAGAUGUCAAGCCUCGAGAAAUUUACAACCUCUUUCGAGAAUUCGCAGGCUAUGAAUCUUCUCAUCUCCGUAGCCAAACUUCUAGUAAUUCUCAGCCAUUUGCUUUUGCCGUCUUUGCAGAUCAGCAUUCAGCACUUAUGGCAAUGUAUGAACUGAAUGGAAUGGUUUUUGACUUUGAGAAAGAUUCCAAAUUGUACAUUGAGCUUGCUAAAUCAAAUUCAAAGUCUAAGAGGUUACGGCCAGAUGAUGGAAGGCCAGUAUCAGAGAAGAGGAUUAAAGGUUCUGCUGCUAUUUCUAGAGACAGUGGUACUGCAGGUUUUGGCAGCAUUCACAUGCCUGGAAUGGGUAAUUCUGCUUACAACACAAUUGGUUAUCCACCUACACAAAGUCAGGGAAAGUUUGAUGGUAGAGUUGGGAAUCAAGCUGCCUCUAAAACGGCAGCUGAUCCAUGUCCAACACUCUUCAUUGCUAAUCUGGGCCAAAGUUGUACUGAGCAAGAACUGAUUCAAGUAUUUUCAAGAUUUCGGGGGUUUUUAAAGUUGAAGAUGCAGAGUACGUAUGGAGCUCCUGUUGCAUUUGUCGACUUUCAGGACACUGCCAGCUCAACCGAGGCAUUGAGUCAUCUUCAAGGGACCAUUCUACACUCUUCGUCUGGAGAGGGCAUGCGACUGGAAUAUGCAAAAUCACGGAUGGGAUUGCGAAGUAAGAAAUCAAGGUAAAUGCUUUGGGACUACAACAAAGAUCCAGUCGAGCAACGCCAUUAACAAAUAACUAUGUAUCAUUUGCUUGGUUAUGUACUCGGAAUGGAUUAAAUUAUUACGUUCUUGUUCACAUGUAAUGUUUUCUUUAAUUAUUUAUUUAUUUAUUUUCAUCGUUUGGAGAUCGAUACUGCGAAAUACACAUGUUUCUUUUGUCAAAGUUUCUUCUUCAAUAUGUGAAAGUUACUUAUUCUUU